AUGAGUAACCCUCGCGAUCCUGCGCGGAUGCGACAGGGGCUUAACCCAUUGUUGACGCAGUCUUUGGGUUCCUAUCACAGCCAGAUCAGCACCCCACUGUCUGGAGUCUCUUCAACACAACUCAAUUCAGCCCACACGCCCGCCAGCUCAAUCCAACCUUACAACCCGCAGGAAUGGAUUGCUUCGCCAGCCGCUGGUGCUGAGCAGCCACGUCAAUAUCCUGAACAGAGAUCACCGCUUCCCCCGCCUCCAUAUAGUCCACCGCGGAGUCAACGACCCCAGAGUGGCGUCUUCGAGUCGUCACCGGCAGCCAACAUAUCGGCAGCCCGUAUCCCUCCGACUAGUCUUCACAGACCCUCUCCCGAGCCGGCCACCAACACAUCAUUUCCUCCACCUCCCGGCACUCGAACGAGCUCCCGUGAACGACGUUUUGGUCUCCACUCUCUGAGGAGAAGCAGGGAGCAUCACGAAUCAAGUCCGCCCGAGCCGGUACCGCCUGUUCCGUCAUUGGCAAGGCCGAACCCUCUUCAAAUCCAGAUCCCGCAGCCAGUGCCACAGCGUAACGAUUCAGGCUCAUCCGCGGGGCCUCCUGGAGCCCGAAGGGCUGCGUCUGCCAGUGCGCUUGAGACGCCGACGUCUGCCCGCUCACGCUCGACGUCUCAGACCAGGUGGGAGCCCGGCAUGCCGCUUCCGCCACCGCCCCCUGGCCCGCCUCCGGCCUCGUCCAGAUCGCAAAGUCUUCAGAGUAUGCAUAGAACAAGUACACCGAUGGCAUCACCACCAACGAGACGACCACCCCCAAGUGGCGUCACAGCUCUUGGCCCGGUACCUCCAACGCCAGCCAACUGGGCCGAUCAACCAGACACGCCCGCUCGCCCUCCUCAAAAUAGAGGCUCGCCCGGCUUGACGAUCGACACCUCCAGUGCUGCAAGCUCUGUUCAGACAGGCGAGUCCAGUAACUCAGCUGCACUCAGCUCUGGAAGUCUAAGUCGCGCCAGGGCAGUCCGUCACGAUAAGACCAUUGUCCAGCGCCGUGCGGAAAGUCGUAACAGGUAUAGCCUGCAUCAUAAUUCCAUAGACGGCACCAUCAACCCAGUGCAGCUGAGCGAGAUCGUCGUCCCGAACGACACCACUCUCACUCGUAGACUGACCAUCAACAAGUCAACACCGAGAAGCGGAGGCCGGACGGCGGACGACACUCCUCGAACUGAUGAGCAAUCAACGACGCCUCGGGCGGGUGGCUCCGCUCAGCGCCCUCGUCUCGAAGCUGCGACUCCGCCAUUCUCGCCUCAUCCUGCCAAGAGCACUUCGAUGGCUGGGGGGUCGCCUAGCGUGGUGCCGAAAGCCCUACCUACGCCGCCACCCCAGACUCGAUCUGCAUCCAGUUCGCAAACCAGGUUCAGGUCUAUGACGCCUGCUGCGGAUGGGCCCUCAUCAGCUUCCAUCUCAAGCACGAAACACUCCGCGAUAACUCAGACAGCUGAUCAAUUCUGUCAUGAAACGAUUGAGCGGUUCCAGGCGUUCGCUGUCAAGGAAUCGACUGCAGCAAGCGAUGCCGACCGUGUGCGAUUGUUUGCCGACUUUAUCACGAGCGAAUCACGCAUCAGACGCGAGAGAUAUUCAGCAGCUAUUGGGGCUAUGGGUUCGGAGAUCUUCGAUCUCACAAGGGAUCUUUUUCGCCCGAUGGUCACAAGACGGGAAUCCGGAGCCUCUCAGGCUGAGUGGACGCCGCAAUCAUCUGAGCCUACUCGAUCUCACCGCGGCUCGCUGAAUUCGAUUUAUCGCGAGACUCCAGGGGAAUCUAGUUCUGCCCCGGCUUCUGCUGCAGCGAAUGUCCCCAUUUCACCUGUUGGCGGACCGCCAAACAACGCAAACUGGAACUCGAACUACAUGCCAUCGCUUUCCCCAAUCUUGAGCAUGAGCGUUAGUGACAAGCUGGACGAGGCCGAUUCUAGAGGUCGUCCAUCCAGCAGAUGGUGGGAAGCCGACUCAACUGGGACAGGGGGCAAGCUAGUUGAAAGAUCCAAGCGUGAAUCCAAGUAUAUGGGCGUGCCGAAAGAAGCUCGAGAGGCUCUGCAGUGGAUGGACAGUCCUCAGACGCAGGCAAACCCUAGCGACGGGCGAAGUUCCAGCGAGUAUCCCCCGGAGAAAACGGGAUGGCAUGAGCCCGAUUCGGCAUCGACACCGCAGGAGCUGCGAUACUCUGCACAAUCUCUCGCUUCAUCCGGCUCACCCACAACUCCAAACCCAGCCCAUUUGGACGUGUCUCGCCUGGUCACCCUUCCGCCGCCCUAUCCUCGCCACCACCCGGCGGUGAACAACAGCCAUCCUGAACUGACAGAGACAAGAACUGCCGUUCGCCAACUGAGCGACCUCUCAGAGGUCGGAGUUACAAAGGAAAGGUUCCAGGUGACCAGCAACAAGAAGAGAGAGGAGGCAUCCAAAGCUGCAGCCGAGCGCCGACAAGCCCUCAGAGUCAAUCUUCAGCAGGAAGUUAACGUUGGCAACAUGACAUUUGCAGAGGCAUCGGCCAUUGAGCAAGAUUCCGCGGCGGCGGAGAAGGACAAGCUCAAAGAGCUUGGAAGGACAGAGUUUGAGCAGUUCCAAGCUCAGGUUGUGAUGCCCCUGAACGAGCUCGUCACUGGCCGAAUCGCGAAAGCCACGACCUUCUUCGACAAGCUGGCCAGUGGCUUGUUCGACAAUGUCUCCAGCACUGCUGAUAUGCCCCAAGAAGAAGGCGACGACAAGCCUGAGCUUCUCGAGAAGCUGACGCUUCUCAAAUGGAUCUUCGAGGCCAGAGAGAUGUUACACCGGGCCAUCUACGAUGUGCUCACCGAACGCAACGAUCGCUACCGAGAGGUCGUGCUGACGCCAUACCGGCUCGCCGGCAAUCAGGAGAAACUACAGAACGCUGUCGCUUUCUUUGCUGAAGACGCUGCUAAGCGCGAGCUGGCGUUCGCUCACGAGGUCCUGGCCCGUACCCAGGAGUUUCAGGCUGUCGUCGAACAAAAUGUCAUGCGUGGUGUCGAGGUGCAGCUCUCGGCAUUCUGGGACAUUGCGCCUCCUCUGCGCAGACUGCUGGAAAAGAUACCGCCUAACCUGGAUGAUUUCAACAUCCAAAUACCGACGUCCGAGUACGAGGAGAACCCCUCGUACCGUGCACAUCCACUACAAUAUCUUUUCAGCCUGCUACUACAUACGGAGAAGAGUACAUACCAAUUCAUUGAAUCACAGACAAACCUCCUUUGCCUCCUGCACGAGGUCAAGGAGGCCGUUACGCAUGCCAAAGCCAAGGCUGUGCAGAGCGAGGGUGAGGACGCAGACGGACGGGAGUACAGCGUCGAGGAGCGCGAAGCACGAGCGCAGCACCUGCGCCAGGAGGAAGGCCAGAUGUUGACGGAUGAUUUGAAGGAAAAGGUGCGCGUUGUCCAGGACCAGUGGAACAGCGCCCUCGGCGAGAAUAUCAAGAACGUCAAACAGAUGUUGGGAGAACAUCUCCUGCAGACCGGAGGGUGGGAUGAGACGCUAGAAGAAGGAGGCGUGGGUAGUGUCUAA